AUGCGACCACCAACUACCACCAAGCGCUACACUGCCUCUACUUGGUGAAUCUAUGGUCAUACAUCGCUGGCAGCCCCUUCGCUCCCAUCCUCAAUCUGCGUCAUUACCAUGUUCAGGGCGAGCUCCUUCCAGAGCGGAAUUCUCCGCCGUCCUAACGGUUCGCCACCCGUUCAAUGUCCAACCCAGCUGCCCUGGAAUGUUUAGCUGUCUAUUUGGCAUAUCAUGAGCGAACACCCAUUAUCGGGCUCCCCGAGCCAUCUCUUCUUUUCCCGUCCUCUUCCUCUCGAUCUACUACCCCGUGUAGCGUUGCAUCUCGCCAACACCUCUCAGCCCAUCUCGCAGACCACUCUUGCAAGGAUCGCGCGUUGUUCUAAAAAGUUAUACUUGAUCGCUCAACCCCUGUUGUACUCCACCUUUUACCUAGACGAUGAGAGCUCGGCGUACCUCCUUGACAACUUUAUCACCCUCGAUCGAGUCUAUGAUGGAGGUGCCGACUUUCCACCGUACAUGUUCGAGACGUUCCAUGAUCUUCAUCCUAUCGACAUGCCUCCUCAUCUGAGGAUCCUGUACAAUCUGUGGAAUGUUCGAACGCUGGUCAUCAAAACGACGCCAUACGGACAAGGCACUAGUCAUUUUGCUCGCAUGGUUGAGCGCCUCAGUGCAGAUCAUAUCACUCUGCUUCCCAAAUUGAAGAGGAUUGUCAUUGCUCGAAGUGCGUUGGAGAGAAUCUCUCGGGCUGAGAAGGUUGGCAAGAGGUUAGGCAGUGAACUCAUUUCGAGCCUGUCCUUGGCCUCUCGUCCAGCUUAUCUCUGUGUAGAUAUACCUUCCAAACCGCCUAGAGACUUCACUCUCGACGAGCGUGAGCCGGGCGCAGGUCCCAGCUUUCGAUUCCUCUCACGAUCGAAUCUCAUAAUCGACAUAAGUGAGAUGAAAGGUUUGAAGCAAUCGACCUGCCAUCUGCACAGCGAUAUCACGGCGCCGAUAGCCAUUCGGGGCGCGCUGAACAACCUUUGCUUCGAGGAUGAUUACCUCAGCGAGCAAGCGUUUGUGUUCAAUGAUGAAGACGAUGAUGGCCGCGAAAGUGACAUCUUUCUGCAGUCGGCUGCUGUGAAAGUCGUCGAGCAGAUCAGACUGUCUAUCACCCAAGCGAUAGAUCCUAGACCUCAAGUCGUUCCGAUCCCGACCUGGAUCCCAACAGCACCUACGGAACCUCCACCCGAUGAUGCCUCACCACUCAGCGAGUCGAGAAGGCAGUGGUUCGCUCAGCGUUUUCCGAAUUCAGUGGAUCCAGCUCCGGAGGCGCAGGCUGCGGUAACUGGACCGGGGACCUCAGAUCCUAGGUUAUCAGAUGGACCUCCGACCACACAGACAAUUGGAAAUACUGGACUCACGGAUGACGAUCAAUCGACCUCAACUGAAGAAGACGACGACGAACCCGAGCAAGACUUGAGCGGAACGUCCUUUGUCAUCUGGCUUCCGGGUUGGAUCUUGGUAGAGCCGAUAGAGUCUAUCAUUAAGGAAUGGCUAGAGGAGCGCUACAGCUGUUCACACGAUGUCCAAACACUUGAGCAGCUCGUCACGUUUGUCAGCCGGGGCUCAGUAAAGGCGCAAUGUGGCGCUUGUGAUAGGGACUUGUAGUCGAGAAACGAAGACAGGGUUGACAUUUGAUCCUCAACCUGCCUAGCAAUCUGGAGGUAGAUAGUCGGGCUUGGCCUGGCCCUAGACAUGCGAGAUAUCCCCGGCGUUAGCAACUUCAGACAAAUUUCAUCGUUUUUGACCCCGCCUGACGGAUGCGAACGCCGGGGUGCGGACCGAAACACCGUAGGAGUAUGAGC